AUGAUUGAGAGCAAAUCCCCUCGAUCAGUGGGAACCGACCAGCGACGCAUUGCGAUUCAAUUGAAAAAGACCGAGGAAAACAAGUACGCGUUCAAGAUUCCUGCUGAACCAGGCAUUGCUCUGCCUGGAUAUUACAUGCUUUUCGUCUUGAAGGAUGGAACGCCCAGCCACUCAGUCAACGUCAAAGUGGCUGCUGUUUGA